AUGCAUUAUCAACUGACACAAUUAUUAAUAAUAGGAUUUUAUAUUAUUCAUUUAACUGAAUCAAGUUUUAUAUAUAAUAUAGCCAAUGCUAGUAAACUUUUAUGUUAUUCAUGUAAAGGUAGCAAUUGUGAAAAAAUUUCAAAUGAUGAUGAUAAUUUGAUUAUAUGUAAUAAAAAUACACAAUUAUGUUGGGCUGGUUUUAUUAAUCAUAUACCAUAUCGAACAUGUGCAAGUCGUUAUUGUACACCAAUUGAUAUAUCACUUGAUAGUGAUGUUCACAUUGAAACAUGUUGCCAUUCAAAUUUAUGCAAUUCUAUUUCACUUCCUUGGUUAACAGGAAGUGAACAGCAAGCAAAAAAUUUAGCUCAUCAUCAUAAAACUUCAACUGUUAGUAGUACAAUAUCUACUACCGAACGAAAAACAACAAUAAUAAAAAAAAUCUUGACAACACCAGAAAUCUAUGUUGUCAAUGAGAUAUUAAAAAAUGGAAAAAAAUCACCUUCAUCUACAGACAGUAGUGAUGAAGAUGAUAGUAUAGAUGUAUCUAAAUCAAAAUCAAAACCAUAUGGAAGUCAAACUGGUAAUUAUGGUGCUAAUUGGGAACGUAUAUCAUAUGAUUCAGCUUUUAGUAUUCGUGUUGAAUCAAUAAGUAAACUAUUAAUUCUUAUUAUGCCAGUUUUACUAGUUUUAAUAUUUUAA